UUGUAUCAAAACAACCCCAAAGCUCCAAAAAUUGUAUCAAAAAUCCCAAUUUCUUUCCAGAUUACCUCAAAAAUCGGUCGAGUUCAUCUAACUCCAGCUUCAGAACGUGCAAAUGCCGUGCAAGAAAUUCGAAAAAGUUUGGAAGAUGUCAAUGAUUUAUUGGAUCAAAUGCAAUUAGUUGUGAGGGAAUUGGAAGCAAAUACGUGGGUUUUUUGAAUUUUUGACUGAAAAUUCGGGAUUUUCAUGGAAUUUUGAGCUAGAAUUUCGAAUUCCAGAGAGAAUUGAGUAUUUUUGAGCCGAAAUAGGCUUGUUUAGGCUCAAAAAAUCGCAAAAUUCUCAUUUUUUGCAGAACAGACCGUGCAAAAUACGAGCUACGCGUUCGAAGUUAUCAAUCCGACAAAAAACAACUGGAUUCGGAGCUCGAAAAAUCGAUAAAAAGAGUUCGCGAAGAAGCGGAUCGCGAUGAAUUGUUGGCUUUCGAUGAUCAAAUGGAUAGCCAUCGACAAGAGGAUCAAUUGAUUGAGAAUACGCAAAGAUUGGAGAGAAGUAGCCGAAAAUUGCAGGAUGCACAUCGAAUUGCGGUCGAAACUGAACAGGUUGGUGAGAAAUUUUGGGAUUUUUUGAGACUAGAUAAGGCUAGGCCUGAAAAUUUGGGGUUUUUUGAUUAUAAAUAAGGCCAGGCCUGAAAAUUUGGGAUUUUUUGAACCUAGGCCUGAAAAAUUGGCAUUUUUUGAGCCUAGGCCUGAAAAUUUGGCAUUUUUUGAGCCUAAAUAAGGCUAGGCUUGAAAAUUUGGGAUUUUUUGAGCCUAGAUAGGGCUAGGGACUGAAAAUUCUGAAUUUUUUGAAUAGAAAUAAGGCUAGACCUACAAAUUUGGGAUUUUUUGAGUCUAGGCCUGAAAAUUCUGAAUUUUCUCAUCAAAAUGGGCGUGUCCUAAAUUCUGCAACCCUGGCACAGUGUUUUUUUCUAGCUCAUAAAAUAGGCCUAGCCUAGCUUCCUCAUAAUGAUUUUUAAAAUUCUGAAGUUUUUCUAGGAAAAUUUUUUGAAUUUUUAAUUUUUGUGGAAAAAUUUGAAUUUUUAGAAAUUUCAGCAAUUCCUGAGCCCCGCCCAUUUUUCUGCAAUCCUCGCACACUUUUUUCCUAGUCAUAUUUAGUGUCAAAAUGACGCUCUCCCCAAGCCCCGCCCAUUUUCUGCAACCCUGGCACACUUUUUUCUUCCAGAUCGGCGCCGAAAUGCUCUCAAAUCUCUCAACUCAACGUGAAACCAUCGGCCGCUCUCGAGACCGUCUCCGACAAUCCAAUGCCGAUUUAGGCCGGGCCAACAAAACAGUCAGUGUUAUGAUCCGAAGAGCCAUCCAAAAUCGCCUACUUUUACUAAUUGUCAUCGUAUUGCUCAUGUUUAUGUUCCUCUACAUUGUCUAUAAGGCGAUCUAG